AGUCCAGGGAAGUCAAACUUUGCCCCAUGAUGCGUCAGCUCCAACCUGCCGCGGCUCCUAUGUAUAAUUGUAUAUAAAUUGCAUCACAGCCAUGGAGGAAGUCAGAAAAGAUCACCAGCAGUUCGAUCGAGAGCCAUCUCUUUGCUCAUCCCAUAGCAGCUGAAAACUGAGAGGGAAAGUAGAUGGAGCAGGAAGGGAACAAUAUGGCACACAAUAUCCCUGCAGGGGAUGAUGAUGAAACAGAUCCGACUCGAUACUUUGAAAAUAGGGUCAGGAUGCUUGAUUCACUUAGAACCGAAGGCAUGGACCCAUAUCCUCACAAGUUUGAGGUCGGGAUCUCCAUAGCAGACUAUGUAGCUAAGUACAACAGCUUGGGUGCUGGUGAACAUUUGUCAGCUGUCACAGAAAGCUUAGCUGGGAGGGUCAUGAGCAAGAGAGUUUCCUCAUCCAAGCUCUUCUUUUAUGAUAUCUAUGGCGAUGGCGUGAAGGUUCAAGUCAUGGCUGGGGCCAGCUCCUCAGAGGUGUCUGAAAUAGAAUUCUCCAAAUAUCACAGUGUUGUGAAGCGGGGUGAUGUGGUUGGUAUAAUUGGAUACCCAGGUAGGAGUAGCAGGGGUGAACUUAGCAUAUUUGCUAAAAGUUUAGUAUUGCUCUCUCCAUGCCUCCAUAUGUUACCCAACCAGAGAACUGCGCGUUGCCCUGCUAUUGGUGGAAAGACAGCAAGAGCAAGAGGAACUGGUGAUUGCUGGGUUCCAGGAAUGGAAAGGAACAUUGAAGCUUAUGUUUUAAGGGAUCAGGAAACUCGUUACCGCCAGAGAUAUCUUGACCUCAUGGUAAAUCAUCAAGUGAGGCAUAUCUUCAGGACACGGUCCAGGGUCAUUUCAUUUAUCAGAAAGUUCCUUGAUGGACACAAUUUUUUGGAGGUUGAGACUCCAAUGAUGAACUUGAUCCCUGGGGGAGCAUCUGCGAAACCUUUUGUUACACAUCACAAUGAACUAAACAUGGAUCUGUACAUGAGAGUUGCUCCUGAGCUCCAUCUGAAGCAGUUAGUGGUGGGUGGCUUGGACCGUGUUUAUGAGAUAGGAAAGCAAUUCAGGAAUGAAGGGAUAGAUUUAACUCACAAUCCUGAAUUUACGACAUGCGAAUUCUAUAUGGCUUAUGCAGACUACAACGACCUGAUGGAGCUUACUGAAACCAUGCUGUCGAGUAUGGUGAUGGAGCUGACAGGCAGUACUAAGAUAAGAUAUCAUGCCCAUGGAGCUGAUAAUCCUCCCAUAGAGAUCGAUUUUGCACCUCCUUACAGAAGGAUAGACAUGAUGCAGGAACUGAAAUCUAUUGCCGGGCUUGACAUCCCAGUAGAUUUAUCGAGCAACGAGGCCAACCAAUACCUAGCAGCAACGUGCACGAAGCAUGGAGUCAAAUGCUCACCGCCUCAAACAACAGCACGACUGCUUGACAAGCUUGUUGGGCAUUUUCUGGAGACCACAUGUGUGAACCCAACUUUUAUCAUUAACCAUCCGGAGAUAAUGAGCCCACUGGCCAAGUGGCACAGAUCUGAGUUAGGACUCACAGAAAGGUUUGAGUUAUUCAUCAACAAGCAUGAGGUUUGCAAUGCUUACACUGAGUUGAAUGAUCCACUGGUGCAAAGGCAGCGAUUUGAAGAGCAGCUGAAGAAUCGGCAAUCAGGAGAUGACGAAGCGAUGGCGCUCGACGAGGCAUUCUGCACCUCUCUCGAGUAUGGUUUGCCACCAACGGGCGGUUGGGGGUUGGGGAUUGAUCGGAUCACAAUGCUGCUGACAGACUCACAGAACAUCAAGGAAGUUCUUCUGUUCCCGACAAUGAAACCCCAGUACCUCCUGGGUAGUAGAAUUGUACAAAGCUGUCGUAUUUCGAUUGAACAAGGGUGAAAAGAAAGAAGAAAGCCUGAGUAGGAUUUUUUGGCUGCUUGGUACUUGGGGUUUUGCGCGUCCCCCUUAGAACGUUGCCUCCCUGUAAAUAUUUUAUUGCUCUAUUCUUAAUGAAAAGUCAAUGCUCCUGCUCGUUUCUCAAAAGAAAAAGGAAAAUACAAUUCCAUAUCUGUGUGGGUGUCCCCAUACUAUUGCAACUUUCCAAA